AUGGGCGACGAUGGCAUGCUCCUCAAUUUCUCCAUCCCAGAGAGCGGCAUCAUAGCCAAGCCCACGUUCAAGGGCGGCAACUGGAAGAGUCGCCUUACCGCGAAGAAGGCGGCGCAGAACUGGCACACCAAGGCAACUGCACGACUGAACGGCGAAAAGGUGCCCAAGAAGGCGGUCGAUCAUGCGACCAAUGUGAACCGCACAGAGCUGGGCCCCCGCACACCAAAACCUGCAGACAACGCAGACAUUCUCGACACUGGCGACCGACCACCGAAGCGAGCGCGCGUGAGCGGAGACUUUAGGCCCAAGACGGUUGAAAAGACAGCCGACCCCAAAUUCAGACCGCAGUCGAAUCCCAAUGCGACAAAACGGCCGGGCGAGCAGCAGAGUGCGCCAAAGGGCGGCAAGCAGGUCAUUUCCUCGCUGUUCACGUACAACCCCACACCCACCAGCAAGCCGGAAGCGGGCGAGCGACGCGACGACGAUGCGCCUGUCGAGCCUUCAAAUGCGCCGCUUAACAGCGAGCUGCAUACAUUCACGUCCCUCGGCAUGUCCGCUACACUAGCUACACAUUUGAUGAACAAGAUGGAUUUGAAAGCGCCCACGGCCAUUCAGAAGGCUGCGAUUACACAGCUGGUCAAAGACGACUCGGAUGCUUUCAUACAGGCCGAGACUGGUUCCGGAAAGACGCUAUCCUAUCUCCUUCCCAUUGUGCAAAGACUGAUGGAUCUGUCGGCGAAUAUGAAGAAACGGAAAGUCGACGAGAACGUGCAAAGGAAUUCGGGCCUGUUCGCCAUCAUCUUGGCGCCAACGCGAGAACUGAGCAAACAGAUUGCCGUGGUACUGGAAAAGAUACUAGGCUGUGCGCAUUGGCUGGUGGCUACGACUGUCAUUGGUGGAGAGAAGAAGAAGUCGGAAAAGGCUCGUCUGCGCAAAGGCAUCAAUAUUCUGGUUGCAACACCGGGUCGAUUGGUGGACCACCUGGAACACACAGAAGCGCUGGACGUAAGCAAUGUCAGAUGGCUGGUUCUCGACGAAGGUGAUCGCCUGAUGGAACUCGGGUUCGAACAAGAAAUCCAGAAGAUUGUCGGUGCUCUCAACCUGCGAAUGCGCGCAAAGAAGGACGAAAAGUCGCGGAUACCAGGGUUGCCGGAGAAGCGUACCACAGUGCUCUGUUCUGCAACCAUGAAGAUGGAUGUUGAGAGGUUAGGCCAAAUAAGUCUGAAAGAUGCUGUGCAUAUUCGAGCCGAUCCGUCUGAGAAAGGGCCGGAAGUGAGCGAAUCGAGCAAGGGCCAGACUUUCUUCGCACCUGCACAACUGAAGCAAUCAUAUGCUGUUGUAGCACCCAAGCUACGACUGGUAUCUUUGAUCGCCUAUCUAAAGCGAUCUUUCGCACGCAAGGGCUCGGUGAUGAAGGCAAUCGUUUUCGUAUCGUGUGCCGACUCGGUUGACUUCCACUUUGAUAUACUUACUAGCAAUCUCGAGGAAAACGAAGACCAAAAGGAAGAUGAAGACGAGGAGGACGAAGCUACCGAAGACAAGAAGAAAGCCAAGAAAGCCAAAGCAGUACAAUCAGAUCCUACAAAACUCGAGGGAACAGCCGCAGAGUCGCCCAUUUUAUCGCCAAAGACACAUUCAGUAACGGCAUACCGCCUCCACGGUUCCCUCCAGCAAUCCCUCCGAACAUCAACACUCGCCCAAUUUACCAAGAACAAAGAACCCUCCGUCCUGAUAGCUACUGACGUCGCGUCGCGUGGUCUCGAUCUGCCAAACGUCGAUCUAGUCAUCGAGUUCGACCCAGCCUUCGCCCGAGAAGACCAUCUGCAUCGAAUCGGUCGUACAGCCCGUGCCGGCCGCGAUGGACGCGCAUGCAUCUUCCUCAUGCCCGGCUCCGAAGAAGGCUAUGUCGACAUUCUCAAGACAGACCGCAAAGACAGCGAAGCCGGGGUGCACAUUGCGCGUCAAGACGCAGACGACAUUCUCAACCGCGGCCUCAUCACGAGCGGCGUAAUGGAAAAGAACGCUUACAUGGACAAAGCAACCGAUCUCCAGCUUGCCAUCGAACGCUGGGCCCUAGCUUCUCCCGCUCGCCUCGAGGCCGCCCGCCGCGCUUUCCAAAGCCACAUCCGUGCAUACGCCACCCACAUUGCUGACGAACGCAAAUACUUUGACAUCAAAGCUUUGCACCUGGGUCACCUGGCCAAGGCUUUUGCCCUGCGCGAGCGCCCGAGCGGCAUGAAGGUUCCUGGGCAACGAACCGGUGCUGGCCGCAACGACAAAACGCCCGCCAAGGUCCGUGGCGGACCCAGAGUCGACGGCGCCAGCCGCAAAGCCGAGCCUGUUGGCGCGUCGACAAGGAAGAAAAUCGAUUUGGAUCUGCCAGAAGGUCAGGACACGGAUGAAGCCGCUAAGAUGAGAAAGGCGGUUCGAGCACGAGAAAAGUUUAUGCGACAUGCCGGUUUGGCCAGUGAAUUUAACCUUGGGUGA